CAUUAAUCAUUUAUCCUUUUGCUCUAUAGAAUAUAUUUUUGUUUGACAGUUGUGAUUUGACUGUACUCUUUUGUUAAUCUAGAUCAAGCAUAGCACAAUCUUUGUGCUUUUGAUUUUAUUAUAUUUGAUUGAAAAGUGCUACAUGAUUACUGUUGUCAACAGAGUGUAACCUUAUUCAUUGCAGUCUAAUUGUCGUCGUCAAGAUGGCCUAUGAAAUAAACGAGCAAAAAAAGGUUGGAUUGGGUCUCAUUGGUUUUGGCAUCUUUUUCACAUUUCUUGCUGUAAUUCUUUUCUUUGAUAAGGGAUUGCUUGCUCUAGGAAAUAUAUUUUGGUUAACAGGGGUGGCUCUUUUACUUGGUUGGCAGUCAACUUGGAAGCUCUUUACUAGUAACUACAAGGGUACUGGUUGCUUUGCUCUUGGACUCUUUUUCUUAUUUGUACGCUGGCCACUAGUUGGAAUAAUCUUGGAAAUCUAUGGUUGCAUCACUCUUUUUGGUGGCUUUUGGCCAACAGUGAAAGUUUUCCUCUUCCAGAUUCCAGUUGUUGGAUGGAUCAUACAGUAUCCUCUCAUGUUUCUUAAUCGUCUGAAAGGAGCCUAAAAUAGGACGCCUGCUGGCAUUUGAUAUUUUGCUGAUCUAGUUUAUUUCCCUGUAAAGAACAAGAUGGUUUUGAACAUUCUGGUACUUUUUGUCCCCGUUGAACAAUCCAUCCUUUUAUUGUCGAGGUACACCGCCAUAACUUAUGCUGUCGAAGAGAAUCAUUGUCUUAAUUGUUGGUUAAAAUAGGCCGUCCUUAGAAUUAGAUUGAAUGGAAUACCCAGCAAAAAGAUUGUAAGAAAUACAAAAUGAAGUUUUCCCAGUAAAAUUCAAGUGCUAUUUUACGGAA